AUGGGCCGUCUCCGCCGCUCUCGUACCCACCACGCACGCCGCGACGUCUCCCGUGCGGCCCGCACUCGCGUGCGCACAAAGGACCUCGACCAGAUCCAGCACGACAUCGACCACUCGCGCAAGAAGCUCGAGAAGCAGCCCAUUGACGAGGACAAGCCUGGUCUCGGCCAGCACUACUGUGUCGAGUGCGGCAAGUACUACGAGACCGACGCCGCUCUGCGCACCCACACCAAGAGCAAGGUGCACAAGCGCCGCCUCAAGGACCUCAAGGAGGGCGCGUACACUGUCGAGGAGAGUCAGCGCGCUGCGGGCAUGAGCGCACCGGACAACCGCCAGCGCGGGGUUGAGGAUGUGGUGCGCCGCUUUGGCGAGACUGGUGUCGCAAGCAAGGAGGAGGCGUUUGCGCACUCGGCACCAGCACCCAAGGCUUAAGCUUCGAGACGCUGGGGAAGGGGACGGAGGUGAGGGUGUGGGCGACCUGGAGGGCAAAAGGUUCUAGACAGAGAGCCAUAGACUGUUUGUAUGAUGUACAGAUCACGGGCAUCGAGGAGG